AUGCCUGCCCCAGCAGGCACUAAACGUGUUCGCGGAAUCUCAAUAUUUAGACCAUUUGUUUUCGGAAGCGAAGCGCAGCCCUUUGACCCGGCAAAACGACCCCCAAACGCGCCCGAAGACCACACCCACCAGUGGCGUGUAUUCGUCAAAGGUGUCAACGAUGAAGACAUCUCAUACUGGUUGAAAAAGGUGCAGUUCAAACUACAUGAGACCUAUGCGCAGUGUGUGCGCACCAUCGAAUCGCCACCGUUCGAGGUCACAGAGACAGGAUGGGGUGAGUUUGAGAUACAGAUCAAGCUAUACUUCGUUCCAGAGUCGACAGAGAAACCGCAAACGUUAUGGCACAGUCUAAAGCUACAUCCGUACGGGGAUGACAUCGAGGGGAAAAGAGAAAGGCGAGAUGUCAUUGUGGCACAGAAUUACGAAGAGGUUGUGUUUAAUGAGCCCGUUGAACAAUUUUAUGAUCUUCUUACGGGCGGAACAGGAGUAGUGCAGCAACCUCCUAAAGGAAAAGCAGGGAAGGGGGCUAAGCAGCCACAAACGCAACCGGGGAGGACAGCGGAAAUCCCUUACUCGGACAGCCCGAAGAAUCCGUACAGUCAAAAGACAGAGGCGAAGGAGCUGGAUAGGUUGGCCGAGGCUAUCAAGACUGUGGAUCAGAUGCUGAAGGAAGAAAAAGCAAAGCUGGCGGAGCGGGAAGCUAAAUUGGAUGAGCUGAGGAAGAGUGAGGGUGUGACGACCGUGGUGAAGAAGAAAUAGACGUUUCUCUUGCCAUUCUGUUUUUGCAAUUCGAAGAAUUAUCAAGUCAUUGGAACAAUUGAAGGUGGGAGUACGACGACACUAUGUAACAUUGGCGGCCUAUGUAUGGUAGAGAUACUUACAGGCUGCCAUCACUGGACCUGAAAUACCGGUCUCUAAUUAUCCUUUUGGAACGAAUCCUCGACAUUUCACAAGCCAGUUCCCAAAUCAACAUGCAUUAACAUCAUUCUUAUUACUGGCCCAGCUUCUCAGCCGACUCUUGAAUGGGCACGGAUACCUCUACGCUUCUCAACCGCUCGUCAAUCGCCUCCAAACACAAAAAUCCCACAAUUUCAUCCAUUCAUUUCUAAUUCCUUGAGACUUGGAUCUGAGAACGUCUCUAUUGAGGAAAUAUCGGCAUCUUAAAUAUUCAGGCCAUUUGGAGGGAUUUUCCGGGACGAAUUGGCCGCGCAGGCACCGGACGUAUACAUUGUUGCUCCUGAAACGCUCCUGUAUUUCCACCGGCCAUUUACGGGAAAGUCAGCAGUGAACUAUUCCAUCCGCUACAUUGUACGCUCUAUGGGGGAUUGGCCAGCUUCAAGGCCUUCCCCUUUGUGACGAGAUAUAGUUUAGUAUUGUCUAGGACGCAAUGUCUUAAUAAAGGUAUAUAUUUCUAUCGCACCGGUUUCACAAAACAAACCAAACGUCGAAAGUUUUAUAGAGAAUGCAACCAAAGAUGAUUUUGCGGAGAAAAACUUCAAAGAGAAAAAAGGAAAACAACCGAAGAAAUGCAACUUCUACUUCACGACACUGAGCAUCGCCAAUAGUACAUUUAUUCAUAUAUACGUGAAUCCCGCAUCAUCGAUCCACAUCCAAAAUCUACUCUUUCGAUCCAAACACCUUGACUCUCUCCUCCAAUGGUUUGAAUGUUUUCUCCGUCAGUUCAUCCGUUGAAGUGCCGAAGACCAUUUGAGCGACCAGCUUCCAUUCAGCAGGGAGGGACCAGGUCUUGGCAACAGUGUCGUCGAUUAAGGGGUUGUAAUGUUGUAAGUUUGCGGCGAGGCCAACGGAUCGAAGGGCGAGCCAGACUGUAUUCGAUAACUGUCAGAUAAGUGGGCUUCGCAGACAUGGCCAAAAUAGAAACACCUGCGAGGGGAAUUUUUAAAAGAACAACAAGGAGAAGAGCGAAGGACUACGAACGGAAAUACUGAUGCAUGGCAUUCGUAUGCUGUGCCCAAGGGGCAAAUUGAUCUCUAUAUGUCGGAAACUUCUCCGCCAUUGGCGCGAUGUGUUCCGGAUCUUCGAAGAAAAGAAUCUAUACGGGUGC